AUGUUUCGGCUCAUUCUCGACGCGCUCGGGCUCUACGCCGCGUGGCACCCGUCCAACGGCGACAGCAGCGACAUUGGCACGCUCACGUACGACGCCCCGGCGCCGCCACCGCCCUUCCCGAGCGAAGUGCACGCCACCUUUCUUGAGACGUUUGACGGCAGCGACGUGCCCGACUCGAGAGGCGCGUGGUUCUACCAGUACCACGCGGCGAGCGGCGACACGAACUGGCGCGUCGAGCACGACGCACCGCAGGCCGACCCGUUCUGCCGCUGUGCGCAGCCCAACACAACGGACGCGUGUACGCUCUACUACACGCAAGAGAGCUUAUUCGUGCACUUUCCGGGUCCAGUCGGCGCGUGCUGUCGCCUCUGUGACGCGACGACACCGGGCUGCGGCAUGCUUUCGCCGACGUGGCUCUCGGCAUCGGCGACACUGACCGGCGUCGACGAGCUCGACGGCCGUCUCUGCUACCAGUUUUGCGCUCCUCCGACGGGCACCGUGACCGAGUGCAUGAGCUACGACGACUACGGUCUUCCGUGCCGCUUCACCGAGACGACGACGGCCAAUGUGCACAACUUGACGUUCACGUCGUGGACCGUCACGAAGCAGCCGCCAUCGACGUUUGCGCUGCCGUCGCUCUCGUGCGCGACGAGCUGCGCGUCCCUCUUCCCCACAUGCGAUGUCUAA